AUGAGCGGAAAACUGAUGAGCGGACGAUUAGAGAGGGUCGACCGUAAGCAGCCGCAUGAUGGUAUCGCGGCUAAGACCGAGGGAGUCUACUGUAUCCUAGAAGUCGCCGGGGCUUGGCCUGGCGGCCCUAUUGCCCUUAGGAUCGUCGCUACUAUUGCUGCUACUAUCGCUAUCGUUAUUCUCUCGUGCGCCGCAGGAGCAUAA